AUGCCUAUAGGGGAAGAGAAGGCCUCUGGUGCACACUUUUAUGAAAAGUGGGGUGUUACAAUUGAGGCAUUUGGCUUCUCUGUUGGGAUUUGGGUGCUAUGGAAGGAAACUAUUCUGGUUGAUGUCCUAUUCACCCACCCACAAUUUGUGGCAGUUAAGGUUACAGAGAAUAACUCAUCUUCAAGGAAUCUUUCUCUGGUUUAUGGCAGCCCCUGCCAUUCUUUAUGGAAGGAUCUAUAUUAUGAAAUUACUCGUUGUGAGUUGAACUCCCAUGACGGAUGGUUAUCUAUUGGGGAUUAUAACUCGGUUGUUUCUAGUAAUGAAAUUUCGAAUAGGAAUAAUUUCUCUUCUAUUCGUUGUCCAGGUUUCAACGAGUGGAUUGUCUGGGAAGGUCAUAUCGAUAUUGGUUUUUCUGGCUUGAAAUAUACAUUGGCUAGAGGCGUCAAUUCCACCUCGUUUAAGGGCGCUAGAUUGGACCGGGCAAUUUGUAGCGUAGAGUGGAGACUCUGGUUCCCCGAUGCAGAAGUUAUUCAUUUGCCAAGAGUGAGUUCAGAUCAUACCCCCCUGCUGGUCCGUCUUUCACCCCCCAGUGUUUCAACUAGAGUGAUCGAAGAAAUUCAGGUUUAA